UAGGUAGUAGUCAAGGGCUGUCAUCACCAAAAACAGUCCGUUUGGGAGAAACACUUUGUUUGGCAAACUGGAAUGUGUUCUAUCCUACAGUGUUGAUUUUAAGCAUAGAAGUAUAGUAUAUUGUAUAAUUGUUUUAUUGUGGAUUGCACUCUUGACUUUAUAAUAAAUAAUGGCAUUUGGUGAAGUUUGGAGUUCAUGAAGUGCCACCGCCGUUCUCGGGCUUUUGACUCCGUAGCCUUGGAUGGAGUGAGUGCGUGCGUGAGGGGCUCAGCCACCCACCCGACUUCUGUAGACUUCUUAUAGCUCAAAGCUGCUUAUCAAUUCUCAAUCAAGUAGGUUUUAAAUAUAUUGGUUGUAUGAGUACUAUGGGAGGACUUAGCCAGAUGAAACUGGCAGUUAACUUUUUAACCAUCGGAUUGGUUAUCCUUAGUCUACCAUGUGGAUCAUACACGGAGAUUCCACCCAAACCCCCUGGUUCCGUGACCGUCCUACCCCCUGUCAAGCCAGCGGGGGGUCCACAAGCGUUUCCCGACGCGGAGAACUCGAAUCUCCCGGUCUUCACAAUGGAUUAUGCCCGUAUACAGGUGCCGUUUGAGGUCACGCUUUGGGUGCUGCUCGCGUCAUUCGCCAAGAUUGGUUUCCAUGUGUACCACAAGAUUACCUUCUGGGUCCCAGAGUCAUGUCUCCUGAUCAGUAUUGGGCUGAUCGUAGGGGCCAUCAUGCACUCUGUCCACGAGGAGCCCCCUGCUGUGCUCAGCUACAAUGUCUUCUUCCUCUUCAUGCUGCCUCCCAUCGUACUGGAGUCUGGAUACUUUAUGCCCACGCGACCGUUCUUCGAGAACGUGGGAACGGUACUUUGGUUUGCGGUGGUGGGCACCCUGUGGAACAGCAUUGGGAUAGGGAUGUCUCUGUAUGCGGUGUGUCAGAUCGAGGCGUUUGAGGUGCAGGACAUUAACCUUCAGGAGAACAUGCUGUUUGCCGCCAUCAUCUCAGCUGUGGACCCAGUGGCCGUGCUCAGCGUGUUCGAGGAUGUCUCUGUCAACGAGCAGCUCUACAUUGUGGUGUUUGGAGAGUGCCUGUUCAACGAUGCUGUCACUGUGGUGCUGUACAACAUGUUUAUCUUCGUAGCAGAUAUGCCAGUGGUGGAGCCGGUCGAUGUAUUUCUGGGCGUGGCUAGGUUCUUCGUGGUGGGCCUGGGGGGUAUGGGCUUUGGUGUCAUCUUUGGCUUCGUAGCCUCCUUCACCACACGUUUCACCUCUAACGUCAGGGAGAUAGAACCCCUCUUUAUCUUCAUGUACAGCUAUCUGGCCUACCUGGUAGCAGAGCUGUUCUCCAUCUCCAGUAUUAUGGCCAUUGUGACCUGUGCCCUGACCAUGAAGUACUAUGUGGAGGAGAAUGUCUCCCAGCGGUCCUGCACCACUAUCCGCCAUGUGGUCAAGAUGUUGGGCACCAUCUCAGAAACCCUCAUCUUCUUCUUCCUGGGUGUGGUCACCAUAACAACAGAACACGAGUGGAACUGGGGCUACAUCAUGUUCACGCUGCUGUUGGCCUUAGUGUGGAGAGGCCUGGGUGUCCUGGUGCUGACCCAAAUCAUUAACCCUUUCCGAACCAUCCCCUUCAACUUCAAGGACCAGUUUAUUCUGGGUUAUGGUGGCCUGCGAGGGGCAAUCUCCUUUGCCCUGGUCUUCACCCUGCCAGACAGCAUCGGCCGCAAGAAACUCUUUGUCACCACCACCAUCUGUAUGAUCAUGUUCACAGUCUUCAUUCAGGGAAUCAGCAUACGGCCCCUGAUCGAGUUCAUCAACGUCCGCAGAACCAACCGCAACCUGGAGACCAUAAACGUAGAGAUCCACUCCAGGCUCAUAGAGCACACCAUCGCUGGGGUGGAGGACCUCUGUGGCCAGUGGAGCCACUACUACUGGAAGGACAAGUUUCUGAAGUUUAAUAACUGUCUCUCCAACCCCUAUGUCAGGUUUAUGAAGUAUAAUAACCGUCUCUCCAACCCCUAUUUUAAUAACCGGAUCCUGCGUAAGAUCCUGAUCAGGGAUAACCGGGCAGAGUCGAGCAUUGUGGCUCUGUACAAGAAGCUGGAGCUGCAGAACGCAAUGGAGAUACUGGACACAGUGUCCGGCGACAUCAACGCUGGUUCCUCCAUUGUCUCUCUACACGAGGAGAAGAGCUCUGGUAAACCCAAGAGGAAGUUUGUGGCUGCAGACCUGAUGAACAUGCAUGACAUUCUGUCCAAGAACAUGUACAAGAUCAGACAAUCUAUGAGUCGAUUCCUUAGCAAGACCACGGCGUACACCACCAAGCACUCCCUGCCCAACGACAGCCGGACAAAAGAGAUCCUGAUCCGACGACACACCAGCAUCCGACGCAGCCUCCGACCCGGCAGCUUCAACGGACCGAAUGAGGCCAAAUCCCAGAAGUACUUUUCUCUGCCUCCAGGGAAGAGUCUGGACUCAAAGUUUCCUCCUCAGAGACUGAGACAUACAGGUAAUGAUGAUGAUGAGACCAUGUCGGAGAUGGAUUACCUAUCAGCGCGCUCCAGGUUUAACCAGCCCAGUCGCUCCUCAUCCCGGGCAAUGCUGCCCCUACGCAGGCUGAACACACUGACAGAGGUGCCCUCUAGCUCUGUUGUGGACCUGGUGGAUGAGAGGAGUGGAGGAAGAGGUGCCUGGGGGCGUGGCAUGUCCCGACUAAACUCCUCCUCCAGUGAUUCCCGGAUACCCGCCCCUCGCCGUCACCACGACCCCUCCAACGGCCCUGAUAAUGGCUUCUCAGGUGACCAUGGCAGCGAUGACAACGGGCCAGAGGGGGAGCAGCAGCCCUUGUCCCCGACCCCAGCCUGGGCUGCAGAGCCUGGUGACCAUGACGACAGCGGAACUCAGAAACCCCUGCUCAGGCCACAGUGGAAGACUCGGAAACCCUAGAACACCUGAGGACUAAUCAGCUGUCAGGAAAGUAGCAGGAGGACUGCUAUAGGCUGUCUUGGGUUCUAAUCUACAACGACUCCAGAAUCUCAGAACUGUGAAGUGUCAAAUACCAUAAGAUUAAAAUGCCCGACAAGCCAAGGGGGAAUGAAAAAUUGGAUUUUCUACAGUGAUCCUCAACUGGGAGUUUUUUAAUGGGUCAGUGUCAAAAAAUAAACAAAUAAAUACCCUAUUCUGAACUUAAACAACUAAAACCAGGUAGAAUGUUUGUAGAAAUUAUAAUGAACCUAUAUUUUUAUUAUAAUUUAACCACUGAACUAUUUUUCUUUAAAACAGUGUUCCAUAUUGAGUUAUUAGCCGAUUUGAUUGCUUUUAUGAUCUUAAACGAGUGAGCAUAACAUUCUUCAUAAAGAAUAUGUGCAAAAUUGAAUUAUUGACAAUGAAAAAAGUGGGACUGUUGUUCCCUUGUCAUAUAAUUUGUACAUUUACUAUCAAUAUAGUAUUAAAAAUAGUUUUCCAGAUUGCAUUUUGCCCCCAAAUAUUUGUCAUGCCAAUAUUGGAUCAUGACUGAGACAACCUGGUUCAAUUUGGGUCCCUAGGAACCACUGGUCUACAACCACCAGCCACUCUCUGAAGAACAAAGACUCUUGCAACACAACACUCUAAAUAAGAUAUCAAGUAAAAUGAUUCUAAAAGACUUAUCUUCACUAUUAGACCCACAGAGAUCCUAUUAAAUUAAUAGAGAUUCUAUGUGUCGUUCUACAUUAUGUUGAUGUGUACACACGCUUGUACCAUACCAGGAAUUUGAUUUGCCUUCACCCUUGUAUUUACCUGCAAGAUUUCAAUUACCUUAUUUAAUAGAUUUUAAUACAUUGGUAUAUCUCUAUGCAAGUGAAGACACUUUCAGGAAAGACACUUCUUAUCUUCUAGCUUUUCUGUUUUUUUGUUUCUCCUUGUGUCUGAUAUUCAGACCAGUAAUAUCUUAACAGGGUCUUCAUGAACACUGCUCUGACUAUCUGUGUUGCUUGAGUUAAGUAAUAAAAUCUUGCUGUAUAAUGUUGAAA